AAUUAACAGUUCAUCUAUUUUUAAAUACGGAUUGUAAAAUUAUCACAAACAAUAACAAAUAAAAUUCAUAUAAACAUAUGAGUCAUCUACUAAACCAAGGUUAAUCUGUAUUCAAUUCACAGAUGCGUUUCAUAAAAGCAUAGAUUGAAUAAGUUAUUGACUUAUUAAUUUUUCUAUUCUCCAUUGUUGCGUGGCACAGUUUAUUGGUAAACAGUGAAAAUGUGGUUGAUAGUUUUAUUAACAACAAUAUUAUCAUAUUACUUUUACGUGUUAUUUGUUAAACCAAUGGGAUUCUGGAAGGAAAGAGGGAUAAAGUACGUGAAACCGCUCCCAAUUGUCGGUAACUUCCUGGCUACUAUUAUACGGAAAAAACAUUUUGUCGAAGUUCUACAAGACCUUUACAACCAAUUUCCCAACGAAAAGUAUAUAGGUGUUUUUUUUGGUAACCAACCACACUUGAUGAUUAAAGAUCUGGGAUUAAUGAAGAAGAUACUGAUCAAGGAUUUUGACCAUUUUAUGGAUCAUACAAAAACAAUUGACGUCGAUUCCAUAAUGAGUAAAAACCUCCUACAUAUGCGCGGACACACCUGGAAAGAAAUGCGCGCUACUUUAAGUCCAGUUUUCACCAGUUCCAAGAUUAAACAAAUGGCUAGAUUUAUGGAUGAAUGUGCCAUAAACUUAAAAAACAAUAUAUCCAUCAAUUCUGGAGUUAAUGAAUACAACGUGAGGGAUCUCUUCACCAAAUUUUCUAACGAUGUAAUUGCAUCUACUGCCUUUGGCAUACAAACGGAUUCCAUAAAGGAUAAUGGAAAUAAUGAAUUUUAUAAACGAGCAAAGAACUUUACUACUUUUACAGCCUGGCAAAAUUUGAAGGUUUUUAUUAUAAGCAUACUUCCCAUUUUUUACAAGAUGUUUAAAAUAAAAAUAUUUCAAGAAGAGGAUGUCGUUUACUUUCAUACUAUUGUGCAAAAAAACAUGAAAAAACGGGAAGAGGAAAAUAUUAUGCGGCCAGAUCUAAUUCACCUCUUACUUCAAGCCAAAAAUGGCAAACUGAAAUAUGAAGCAAAUGAUAAAACUGAAAUCAACACUUAUGGAGCCGUCGAAGAAUCACAUGCAGGCAAAGAUGAACAAGUUGUAAAACAAAAAUGGACUGAAGAAGAACUAACUGCUCAGUGUUUAGUCUUUUUCUUAGCUGGUUUUGAGACUUCUUCAGUGGUCUCCGUGUUUAUGGCAUACGAACUGGCUAUUAAUCCAGAUAUACAAACCAAAUUACAAAACGAAAUCGAUAGUGUUAUGGAAGAAACUUAUGAAAAUCCUAAAUACGAUGAUAUCAUGAAAAUGAAGUACUUAGAACAAGUUUUAUUAGAAACUUUAAGGAAAUGGGGACCUGGAUUUAUGACAGAUAGACAAUGCACAAAGGAUUACACUUUAGAAGAUGGAGUGGUAGUAGAGGCUGGUACAACAUUAAUGAUUCCAAUUUGGUGCCUUCACAGAAAUCCAAAAUACUUUCCAAAUCCAGAUACAUUCGAUCCAGACAGAUUUUGUGAUGAAAACAAGGACAAAAUUAUUUCCGGAUCGUUCAUGCCUUUUGGGAUUGGACCCAGACAUUGUAUAGCUUCGAGAUUUGCUUUACUCGAGUUAAAAAUAUUAUUCUUUCACAUGUUGGCUAAGUUUGAUAUAAUACCUACGAAAAAUACAGUAAUUCCCUUCAUUCCUGAACCGUCCAAGUUCGGAUUAACGCCAAAUAAAAUGGUGUUGGGAAUUAAGCCUAGAGUUGUUACAAAUUUAUAAAUGUAUUAACUAACUCACUAGUCUCCUUGAAUAUAUUUUGUGAUAAUUGCUUUAAUAAUAAAAUAUUUAUAAGUA